AUGGACUACAGUUUUCGUUCCAAGAUCGCAGACCACAGCCACUCGACUACCACCACUACUACCGCCGUUGAUGAAAAUGGUCCAUUUGAGGGAGGAGCGUCGAUGGUUGCUACUGCCACACGUCUCAAUUACAAAGGAAGCAAGGCAUCUUUUACUUUGCGGCCUGCGUUAGACGAUACGAGCAACAUCCAGCAAAAAGCACAGCCCAAGCAUAAGCACCGUUCGAUAUCCACUGAUACAACAGCAGCAGCGGCACCUCUUCCUCUUGAUGUUGAUGAUCUAUCCUCCAACAUACCACAUAAACGUCGACGGUUGGAACAGCUUUCCCCUUUUCCUGUGCUUCCUAUUCAGCUUCCAGAGUAUUUACGCCCAUUAUCAUCAUCGUCUACAAGCAAAAGACAAAAUUGGUCAUUAUCAACAAUUGAGACCCGCUCACGAACGAGGCUGUAUGAGAAAGGAGUUCCACCACGGCAAAUAUUCGAUUACAACAAUAACAAACAGCAUCAUCAUCAUCGUCCAAAGGAGCCAUUUGCAUGUGCAAAAAAUCAAAUGGGGUGGGUCAAUGCACCAUCCGUGGUAGAAUACGAGCAUGAGAUUUAUCAACAUUUACGAGAGAUCGAGCUGAAGAUACUACCAGAGCAAGAUUAUGCAAGCUACCAUGAAAAAGGCUUUGAUUGGGAUACUCGGAGCAUACUUAUGAAUUGGAUGAUCGCCUUGCACUCACGAUUUCGUUUACGACCCGAGACACUUUACUUGUCAAUCAACAUUGCGGAUCGAUUUCUAUCACGGCAACCGGUUCCGAGGGAUGACUUGUCGUUGGUCAUUAUCACGUCUCUUGUUAUUGGAUGCAAGUAUGAAGAAGGCUUGACCCCUUGUGUUGCCCAACUUGUUGACUUUGCUGGCCAUGAUUAUACAGAAAGAGAGGUGCAUGUAGCUGAACGUUAUAUACUGGAGGUCAUCGAUUACAAUCUCGCUUAUCCAAAUCCAUUACAAUUCUGGCGACGCAUUAUCAAGGAUCAACCCUGCGAUCGAAUCACAUCCGCCAUUGCCCAGUACCUUAUCGAGAUCUCUUGUGUUGAUCAUCAUUUCCUCUACAUUCUGCCAUCCAAGAUCGGUGCUGCUGCUGUUUACUUGUCCCGUUCCAUUGCAAGAAAAAGUCCUCUUUGGACCAAGGAAUUCAUUGACAUUUCCGGAUACGCUCAAGUCAUCGAAUUGAAACAAGUUGCCCAGUUGAUGGUAAAUUACCUUUCCAAACCUAUUGAAGACAGCGUUCUUUUCCGCAAGUGGAGUGCAAAGCAGCUGUUAGGAAUAAGUUUACACGUCCGUGAUUGGAUAUUGUUGUAUCAUCGUAAUAAUAUGAGAAGCAAAGGAUGA